UCAAGCUGCACCCUAUGCCACACAGUCUAGGGGACAGUAUUGCUGGGCACAGGCGCUGAAAUUCCCAGGAACACAAAAAAGGUCUGAAUCGCCCAUUAUGAGACCCUCAACCACACCAAUCCUCCCUGCCAUCCAGGCUCCUGGGACCAACCAGAGCGGGGCUGUGGGGCUACCAGAGCCAUCCUACACUGUCCUCAAGUUCAUGGAGAGCUUCUGCCUGCUGAGUGCUGCCUGUGGGAUGGUGGGGAAUGGCCUGGUCCUGUGGUUCCUGGGCUUCCGCAUCCGCAGGAACCACUUCACCGUCUACAUCCUGAACCUGGCAGCAGCCGACUUCGGGUACCUGCUGUGCAUCGCCGUGGAGACCGUGCAGUACCUGAUGCAGUUCAACGUGGGGGUGCAGUUCGGGAUAUUCCUCUUCCUGGAUCUCUUCAUGUACGGCACAGGCCUGUACCUGCUGACGGCCAUCAGCAUUGAGCGCUGCCUGUCCGUGCUGUCCCCCAUCUGGUGCCGGACACACCGCCCACAGCACCUGUCUGCCGUGGUGUCCGGCCUGCUCUGGGCCCUGUCCCUGCUCCUGAACGCUCUGGGAUAUGCUUUGUGCACCGUUCGCCCCUCUCCCAGGGCCUGCCGACGCUUGCUCAUCGCCAUCGGAGCCUUGGAUUUCCUCGUCUGCGCGCCCCUCAUGCUGUUCUUCAGCCUCACCCUCUUCCUCCGGGUCAAGUGCAGCUCUCAGCCCUUCCAAACAGGCCGGCUCUUCAUCGUCAUCAUGCUCACCAUCCUCCUCUUCCUCAUUUUUGCUGUGCCCCUCAGUGUCCUUAUCCUCCUGGAUUUCCUGGGCCACAAGUUCCUGUAUUCCCCGGAGAUUGGCUUUGUGCUGUCCUGUGUCAACAGCACCCUCAAUCCCAUCAUUUACUUCCUGGUGGGAAGCUAUAGGGAUCGGAAAUUCAGGCUCACCCUCAGGCUGGCAUUCCAGAGGGCCUUCCAAGACUCAGCAGAUGACAGAGAUGAGCGGGAAACCCGGGACACAAUAACAAUGUCCUCCUGAAAUUCUGCCUGGAAUGUCCUGGCAGAACUGAAGAACUUCAAGGUACUGGGGAAGGUUCAUCUCACCUGACCCUCAGUACCUUCUUUGCAGAUAUUUUAGGUCAUUAUUUUACAUCCCCAUCUGUGGCACAUAAGCAUCUGUAUUUACCUGACCUGUAUUUAGGACAUGUUAAAAGUUCCUGUUUCUUUACAGUGACUUAUAAAUAAUAUUAAUUUUAUUGAUGAAGGGCCUUGGGUGGCUGGUCAAUAUGUGGACAGAUGCCUAAGGAUGGACAUCAGCUUGUGUGCAAUUCCAAACCCUGGAUGCCUUUUAAAAGAUGCAUCUGAAUUUCAAGGUACCAAACUAAAGCCUGAUUUUCAUCGUGUGUCCAGAUGGGAGAUUUUGAUGCCUGUCCUGGCUUGUGAAGGUGGAAAGGUUGAAAUGUCUUGGUGUCUAAAUUUCAUCAAAGAAAUGCUGCUUAACAUAAACCCUCAUCUUUCAUAAACUCAUAAAUUCUCAGUGUUGCUUUUCACUCAGAUCUUUGAAAAUAAGAUCGGUACCAAAAAUCCUCCUGUUGGAAGCAGACAUAAAAUUCCUGGAAGGAGAAUCUAUCCCUCUUAAUCUGUCCCUCUUAAUUUAGAAAUCCCAAGUCUCAGCACACACACAGCCUUUUGUGGCUCACGGAGCCAUUCUGGGCUUCCUAAUGUGAGCAUUUCAAGGACUGAAAAGAUUCACAUCCACCAAGAUAAUUUCUUCUCUGAACCAGGGAUGUUUUCACGCCACAGAGCAGAAAAGGGCUCCAGCUCCUUCCAACUUGCUUAAAAAAUGUAUUCACUGAAUUUCAACUUCCCUUGUCUUGUAUUUCAAAGAAAUACAUGACUGGAGAUUUCUAUUUUAUAUUAUUAUAUUGUUGCAUGUUUUUUAAAUUUCCUUCAGCCCUUGGCAGAGUCUCUGCAUUUAUCUAUGUCAUGCACUGUGUUGUUAUUUCUUCCUUUAAAAGGAGAGAUCAGAAUCCAUGGCUUUUUAAUCUCCUUUACCAAUAGAAAUAAAUCAAUGGAUUGUGGGAAAAUACAGGAAAUAGAACAAGGUAAAUAAAUAGUAUGAUUUGCAACAAAUUAUUCUCUAAAUCAAAUAAUUUGAGGGGCAAAAUGGGAUUAUUUGUGCUAUCAGAUUACUUAACAUUUAUUCUUUUAACCAAAAUUGUUAGAAAAAGUAAAUGUGGGUAAUUUUCUUUGAAAAAUCUCACUAAUUCAUGUUCAAAAUGUUCUCUUUUUGAUAUCUCACAUGAUUUUAUCAUUGGGAAAACAAAACAUUUUUGUAUUGUUAAAAAGAAGAAG